AUGUCUGAAUCUGGUUCCAAGGGCAAGUGGGAGGCCUCCUCCGUCACCGAGAAAGACGUCAAGGAGCUCUGGGGCGCAGGGUAUCUGCCCGCGGACAUUGCGCACAGGCUCCCCAACAAGGGUCAGGGCUGGAUGGAAAAGGCAGAGCGGAUCAAGUGUCCGGCACCGCUGCCUGAAGACCAAGCCACACCCCAGCUAACAGAGAUGCUGGCCCCGGCGCCGUAUCAGGCGUUGGAGAAGAAGGCCAAUAAGAAGGGAAAGGAACCCAAGGGCGGCCCCCGCCACAAGGGUCCUUCGGAUGCUAUGUCCGCAGAGACCGAAGCCCCCUCCUCCCAUGAGGGAGACGAGGAAGAGGAAGAGGAGGAGGAGGUGGAAAGCGACUCCCCCCGUAAGGGGAGGAAGAAGAAGAGGGAAGCCUCCAAAGACCCAAAGGGGAAGGCGCCCAAGAGGGGGAAGAUAACCCUCCAGGACAGUUCGGACUCAGAUGCCGAACUGGUCCCCAAAAAGUCUCCCGGGGCGAAGCCCCUGGCUGAAUCCCCUCCCCGCGAUCACCCGAACCCUUCAUUAUCGGAGGGGAGUUCUCUGCCACCUGAGAUGGCAGAGAGCGAGAUGCCGCCAUGA